AAGUAGCAAUUCACAGACCAAACCUAUUGCUUAGAAAGCAUCAAUUCAAAGAAUGAAAACCCAUUGAAGGUAAAGGCAGAGGAACACAGACCAGUUCUUCACAAGAAAUGGCUGCUAUUCACGACAAGGAGCUCUUCUUGGGUUGGUAUUUAAUCACUCUCAAGCUCCGAGAAACUGUGGAAUCUCGACUCCCCAAGAAAUCAACCUAUGGGGGCGAAAUCGUCCCUGACUAUGAGCGAAGGCCUCCCAAGUCCGAGUGGGUCGUCUCCAUCGAAGAGAAGCUCGAGCAAGGUCGCCAGGACCACGCUACAUCCUCAUGGGCAAAGCUCUCCAUUUACCGGUUUCCACACUAUCUCAAGAAUGGUGAGGACAAGGCCUGGGUCCUGAUCGUCUCCCUCGGGCCGUACCACCACGGUGAGGAGCACCUCCGCCAUAUGGACCGGCACAAGUGGCGCUGCCUCCACCACAUCCUUGAGCGCUCCAAUCAAAAGAUAGACCUCUAUCUAGACUCGGUGAAGAAGGUCGAGAGGAAAGCUCGUGCCUGCUAUGAGGGAACCAUAUCCAUGAGCCGUGAUGAGUUUGUGGAGAUGAUGGUUCUUGACAGUUGCUUUGUGAUCGAGCUGUUCUGAGGAUUCACCGAGGGAUUUGAGAAACUCGGCUACCCUCGCAAUGACCCUGUCUUCUCAAUGCGGCGAUUGAUACUUGAGAUCUGGCGGGACAUGAUCAUGCUCGAGAAUCAAAUCCCGCUCUUCAUACUCAACCGGCUGCUUCGACUCCAGCUCGCGACCCCAACCGAAGGGAUGCGAGCAAGCGGGUUUCGGCGGAGCCUCCUGCACUUGGGCUCUAAGCGGUCCAAGACCAAGCAGUGGCCUCAGAGCCGGGAAAAGCUCACUUUCUGCUUGACCAAGCUAAGGGAAGCCGGGAUCAACAUCAGGUUGAGCUAUCCGAACAAUUUUUGGGACAUCCAGUUCGAGCAGGGGAUCCUCAAGAUCUCCAGGCUUGAGAUCCAUGAAGGGACGAGGUCGCUCUUCCUCAACCUGAUAGCCUUCGAGCAGUCUCACUUUGAUUGCGAGAACCACAUCACCUCUUACGUAAUCUUCAUGCACAACUUGAUCAGCUCCGAGGACGUUCAAUACCUCCGCCGCUGCGGUAUUAUCGAGCACUGCCUUGGGAGCAACGCCGAGGUCGUUGACCUCUUCAACCGGCUUUGCCGGGUGGCCUUCGACAUUAAAAACAGUUAUCUCUAUGAUCUGUCCAAGAAAGUGGACAGAUCUCUCGCUCAAAAGUGGAAUGCCCGGAGAGCCAUUCUCAAGAACAAGUACUUCGACAAUCCAUGGUCAAUCAUUUCCUUCAUUGCUGCUGUUGUUUUGCUUGUGCUUACUUUCAUACAGUCCCUCUAUGCUGUCUAUAGCUACAAUAGGUCGCGUUCUUGAUUUCUUAUACAGUGGAAAUUAUUUGAUGA